UAAACGUAUUUUAAGGUCGACGCAAAAGUCGCAAAAUAAACAGCUCAACGGCGCCACCUAGCAACUUUCAAAAACCCUCUGCGUUGACCUUAUUUCAUCACACAGACAUGAAAUUUGGUAGACUUGUAGAGCUCCUCAAAACGCACAGAAAAUACUGGUAAUGUCACAUUGCAAGUCAAAUAGGAAGUCGGCCAUUUUGGAUUGAAGUUCCGCUUUUCACUCCAUUUUUGACAUUUACAGCCUUCGCAUUUGAUCGAACUCCUCCUAGGGAUUUUGAUUGUUCGGCUUCAAACUUGAUUAGAUUGUUCAUAAGGCAUGGCCGAUUAAAAGUUAACAAAAGGGUGAGUUUUCGGACAUGCUGAAAGGGUGUUGCCAGGGGUCAAAGUUCACAUACUAGCCAUGAAACACAAAACUGCUAUAUUUCCUACACUUAGCUGAGCAGUGUAGGAAAUAUUCUCAUUUUCAAAUUAUGUUAGACAAUCAAAACUAAAACUAUGUAUACCUUUAAGAGCUGAAGAUGCAGGUAAUUGUGUUCCAUAAAUAAAUGUCCUUAAUGUACAAAUUUCAUUUAGAUUAAAGCAAACAGGAUGACGUUUCACUUCAUGAGAGUAUUACUGGAGGGAAAGUUGAGGUUCUUGGGUAGUGCAGGUGCAGCAGAUGGAAGCAGUGUUAAGGGAUUACAGUAACCCCUUUAGCAGUGUGCAGUCAGUAAGAUUAUAGUGUCCCGUCCUCCAUGAGGGGAGGAUGGCUCAGGGAGAGGAGGAGAGAGGAGAUCUGUGCAGCUCGCAAGCUCCUCCAUCCGGUCCUGAGUCACAUGUCAUCUACGCUGCUGCUGCUGCUGCUGCUGCUACUGCAGCACACCGGGAUACCUGCCUCGAUUUUCUGGACUGCACAGCCACCACUGUGGGAAGUGUCGUUGAUGCAGCUCUAAAGGAAGCACACCUUAGGUAUCCCCACCAGUCUGCCAUGCUGAUUACAUGGUGGUAUUUAUACCUAGCAGCUCGGAGCGUCGCCGAACAAACACUGAGAAUGGCUUCAGUGCUGCAAAAGCUGAUCACCCCUCUGUUCACCGGUACUCCCGAGCCCCCCAGGAACAAAGUGACAGUAGUGGGUGUGGGUCAGGUCGGCAUGGCCUGUGCUGUCAGUAUCCUGCUCAGGGAGCUGGCUGAUGAGCUGGCCCUGGUGGAUGUGCUGGAGGACAAGCUGAAGGGAGAGAUGAUGGACCUGCAGCACGGCAGCCUUUUCCUCAAAACCCCCAAAAUAGUCGCAGACAAAGAUUACUCAAUUACAGCAAACUCUCGCAUCGUUGUCGUCACAGCCGGAGUCCGUCAGCAGGAGGGGGAGAGUAGGCUGAACCUCGUACAGAGAAACGUCAACAUAUACAAACGCAUCGUCCCUCAGAUUGUACGAUACAGCCCCGACUGCACCAUCAUUGUUGUUUCCAACCCGGUCGACAUUCUGACCUACGUGACCUGGAAACUGAGCGGCCUCCCGAAGCACCGCGUCAUCGGCAGCGGCACCAACUUGGACUCGGCCCGCUUCCGCUUCCUGAUGGCGGACAAGCUUGGCAUCCACUCCAGUAGCUUCAACGGGUGGAUCCUGGGAGAACACGGAGACACCAGUGUGCCUGUGUGGAGCGGGACAAACGUGGCCGGAGUCAACCUGCAGACACUGAACCCCAACAUCGGCACAGACUUUGAUGAAGAGAACUGGAAAGAAACUCAUAAGAUGGUGGUGGAUAGCGCGUAUGAGGUGAUCAAGCUGAAGGGUUACACCAACUGGGCCAUCGGUCUGAGUGUGGCCGACUUAACAGAGAGCCUCAUAAGGAACAUGAACAGAAUCCAUCCGGUCUCCACCAUGGUGCAGGGCAUGUAUGGGAUCAGCGACGAGGUGUACCUGAGUCUGCCCUGCGUGCUGAACAGCGGAGGCGUGGCCAGUGUCGUCAACAUGACCCUGACCGAUGAAGAGGUGGCCCAGUUGCAGGCCAGCGCCAACGCGCUGUGGGACAUCCAGAGGGACCUGCGGGACAUCUAACCCACCACAAGGGGGCGAUGCAGAAACAUCUCCUCGGUUGCUCAUCACUCUGCAGUCACUGAAAACCAUUCAGUUCCACUUGCUGCGCCCCACUCACUGCUUCCUGUAGAUAUUGUUAGCUGUAGGUGUCAUUUUGAACAUUUAUAAAUGUUCGUGAGGAGAUCGAAGGUGGUAAAAACAGAGGGAAAUGUUUUGAUGUACACGCUCGGACACACAAAGUGUUGCUUUGAUACAAAAUAAAGAAGGUUUACUGGGGUGUGGCUUCGCUUAUUGACUGGUACACAUUAAAUAUACCCUUUUAUGGGCAUAGUGCUGCAGAAACACAUCACUCAAUGUCAUAAUGUGAGCUAAGAGCAUCACGUCUGACCCUCACAUGGCACCGUCAGUGAUGACAGGGUGGUGAUGUUUGACUGCAAGCUGUUGAUAUUCACUCAGCAUCUUAAUAGGUGACAGGUUUAAUUGACAGGAUAGGAAAGAAGGAAGGAAACAAACAAAGAAAAAGAAAGGAAGGAAGGACAUAAAAUGUAAAGAAUAAAGUUUGAAAAGCUAAA